AUGACCAAGGUCCAGGACCCAGCCAAGCAGGACGAGGUGGCAGCGCCACAAGAAGUCAAGGCCGAAGACGUGCCGAAGGCAGACGAAGAGGACGAGGAGGAGGAGGGCGAGACCAGAUGCGUAUGCGGGGAGGUUGACCCUCCCGAUGACUCGGGGCUGUAUAUCCAGUGCGAAGAGUGCAGCGUAUGGCAGCAUGGGUUUUGUGUAGGAAUCACCGAGGGCGAGGACAGCGCGCCGGACAAGUACUGGUGCGAGAGGUGCCGGCCCGACUUGCACCAUCUCUACGACACAGAUCUCGGAGAGCAUCGGUCCGCGUACCAGCCGGUGCAGCAGAACAAGCGCCAGAACCGCCGGUUGCGGCGUGAGGAUGUGCCCUCCGUGGAGAGCGGGGUGGAGGAUGAGGAGGCCGUGAAGUCUGAAAGCUCGAAGACGUCGCUGCCGGCGGAGGCCCCCAAGCCACGCAAGCGGCACCAGCGGCGCAAAGACUCGGCGAGCGGGCUGCCUACGACGAUCCAAGGCGGUAGGCGUGACUCCAACGAGGACCGCAGGUCGCUGGACCGGCGCCGCGCCACCUCUUCCGCCCGCGAGGAGAAGCAGUACCAGCUGAUGUUGGAAAAGGCCCUCAAGGAGAGCAGGCGCACCUCGCAGCACGGAGACGAAUCCGAUGUACCAGUUCUUCCGGAUGGCAUUCACGGGAAGCACGAGGCGGAUGAGGAGGCCGUGAUCGAAACUGAGGCCUCAGAGCCGCCUAAGAAACGCAGCAAGCUCAACACGCCCUCUGGCACACCGCCCACGUCCUCCGAAGACGAAACAAGGCGCAGAGGCAAGCGCGGACCCCAGCGCAAGCUCAAAAGCAGGAGCAACUCGCGACCCUCUUCCAACGACAACAACUGCAACGGCUCCGAUAUUGGCAUAAACAAGCCCAUUAAGCCUAGAAUACCAACGCAAAGAACCUCAAUCAACGAAAUGAGGCGGCGCGUCAGUGCCAUCCUGGAGUUUAUCUCUAGAACCCAGGUCGAACUUUCUCAGGACCAGAUCGAGAAGCAGCAGCUCACGGAGUUCGUGGAAAACGAAGACUUUAUCAAAAAGGUGGACUCUAUCUACAGUAAUUAUGAUGAAAGCCUGAAAAUGAUGGACGAUCUGACGCGAAAACUACUUUUAUGGGAGAAGAAGUACGCGCUGGACCAAUAA